GCGGUGCACGGUAUAUCAACAUAAAUCGAUAUUUUUGACCACUUUUGACGGUUUCGAUGUGAUCAACGAGCACGAGGUCCACGAGGUAUUUGCAAAAUGUAAAAGUUUAUACCAAAGGAAAAGCGAAAGAGCAAAAUAUUUCGUACGAAAGAGAACUGAAAAAGUAAUCUGGAGUGUAAUGAAAAUAUAAGGAGAACGAUUAAUGAUAAGAUGGCAAGAGCAAUUGUAACGUGCCAAAGUUAUGAAUUGAAGACGCUUAAUCUAUAGUUAGAAAAAAGGAAAAAAAAAUUUAUACUAAAUUGUUGAUGUUGAUAAAGUGUUGUGCACGUUGAGUGCUUCGCGUUGUUCCUUUAAAAUUCGCUUUUAAGGAGAAUAAUUUCGCGUGAAAAUGACGGAUCAGACAUACUGUUGGAACACCGAAGUGGGUCACCAAGAUGCAAAGUAUUAUCCGAUUCCUCAAGUGUCCAAUUUUCCUGACUACACUCAGCCUCCCAAUUACAAUUCUUCGUAUUCCUACAACGUGCCUCCUCCCAAUGUAUCAGGUAUUCCUCCUCUUAAUAUACCACCAAACAUUCCUCCGCCCAAUGUGUCAAAUAUCCUUCCUCCUAAUGUAUCGAAUAUCCAUGCCGAUGUUAAUCUACCAAAUUCAAUGUACCAUUUUACGCCUUCUACCUAUCAUAAUGAAGCAGCCAAUUUUCCCACCCAUAUUCCUUACCAGAAUCGAAUGAAUUCACAGUACGGCGAUCAGUAUUACGGCGGAACGGAUACUGCACACGAAUAUAUGAAUGAUAAUUAUGCAAGCUGGAAUGUGAAAUCUGAAAAUGUAUAUAAUGACAAUGCUGGUAACGAUUGGCACUCCAAUAACUUCUCUGCGAGCUGGACAACGUAUCAAAGUACUCCUACUCCGUGCUACAAUACAAGCGGGACAACAUAUAACAAAGAGAGAUUAUGUCCAACGCAGAUGUAUGAAACGUCGCCAAGACUGGAAGAGCCUAAGUGGAAAUACGAUAACAGGGAAAUGCCCAAGCGUGCAAUUAGCAGACCGAGAUCUAGAAGUCCACGUAGUAAGCAAGAAAAAGUGUUCAGAUCACAAUAUCAGAAUCACAGAGACAGAUAUCAUCAGCACAAUAGAGGGACAUCUAGUUCGAGAGACUCCACGUAUGAUAGUAGGCACUUUGAAAGAUCUCCAUCUAAAAAACAUGGAAGUUGUACAUCUCAUUCAGAAGAGUCGUACGUAAGCAGUAAAAGCAGGAAAAGAUCAAAGUCACGGGAGCCUACUUCAACUAGAGACGCUACGCCAACCAACAACAGUAAACGAACAAAGGGUCCUACCGAGAGAGAGAUAUUGUUAGAAAAAUAUAGACGUAAUUAUUGUGCAACGAGUAAGGACAUAAAGCGAAAACUAAAUGAAUUAUCAGCAAUGGGAUCUAAAGGUAUACUUGAAAUUGAGAAAAAGAUUUGGACACGCACAUCGCCAGCGGAUCUUUACUAUGUCAGGGAUGAAAAUAAUCCGAAAAUAAUGAAAAGUACUCCUAAGCUACAAGAAUUGUGUACAACAUUUAAGACAGCGUUGAUAGACAGAGCUGCUGGAGCAAGGGAAUUGCAGCCACCUUAUGAACCACCUCCAAGAAAAACAAGAGCGCGUCUUUGUCGUCAUAAGUCUGAAGCUUGCAGUAGCUCUUCGUCCGAUAGUGAAAAUUCUAUGGAUGAAGAUGAUAGAACAAUGGAAGAGUUAAUGGCAAAGAAACAGCAUCCACAAAGAUUGCAUCCUGAAAUGUGGUUCAACGAUCCUGGAGAAAUGAACGACGGUCCAUUAUGUAGAUGUAGCGCGAAAUCAAGACGCUCGGGUAUAAGACACGGGAUUUAUGCUGGAGAAGGUGCAAUAAACAAGUGUAAUUUAAGUACGAAUAAUGCGGAUAAAUUAUAUCACUAUAGGAUAACGAUCAGUCCGCCGACAAAUUUUCUCACCAAGACACCGACGAUUAUCAAACACGACGAACAUGAAUUUAUAUUUGAAGGCUUCUCUAUGCUUUCUCACUUUCCAUUGGUCAAGUUACCUACGUGCAAAGUUAUUAGAUUUAAUAUUGAAUACACAAUUCUUUACAUAGAAGAGAAAUUGCCGGAAAAUUUUACAAUACAGGAGCUGGACUUCUUUCAAACGUAUUUAUUUAAAGAGAUUUUGGAGCUUGUAGAUUUUGAUCUACACGCUGCACAGGAUAAAUCCGGCUGCGGACAGUUUCAUUUUAUGCCGAGAUUUGUACGUGACUUGACUGACAACGGUCAAGAGGUCCUAUCGAUGAAUGAAGUUCUGAAUUAUUUGAUAAAGAGCAGUACUCUUUUAAUAAAUCCAAACGAUCUAUCUAGAUUGGUGGUGAUGCCACAAUACAAAUGGCAAGAUUUUGCUGACGAGGUAAAGGGAAUGGUCGUGACUUAUCCAGGGAAAAAACCGUGCAGCGUUCGCGUUGAUCAGCUGGAUAGGAAUCAAGAAGACCAAUCCAAUAAGGUAUCGCUUGCUUAUCCCGAGAUAGUUCACUUCGGUAUCCGUCCACCACAGCUUAGCUACGCAGGAAAUGCAGAUUACCAAAAAGCCUGGAGAGAUUACGUGAAAUUUCGACAUCUACUCGCAAACAUGUCGAAACCGUCCUUCGAAGAUAAGAGAAAAUUAGAGGCAAAGGAGAAUAAAUUGCAGGAGUUACGCACCCAGAGCAAAAUGAAGCGAGACGUCACGGUCGACGUCAGCUCCGAAGGAUUUUACAGAACCGGCAUUAUGUGCGAUAUCGUGCAGCACGCGAUGUUGAUACCGGUACUAGUCUGCCACUUGAGGUUCCACAAAUCUCUGGACAAUCUGGAACGCACAUUGGGAUACGAGUUUAAAAACAGGUACCUGCUCCAGCUGGCUCUCACGCAUCCCAGCUACCGUGAGAAUUUCGGCACAAAUCCGGAUCACGCACGAAACUCUCUGACGAAUUGCGGCAUAAGGCAGCCCGAGUACGGCGACCGCAGGAUCCACUAUAUGAACACGCGUAAACGCGGUAUCAACACGUUGAUCAACAUAAUGUCCAGAUUCGGCGCGAAAACGGAAACAGAGUCGUCAAUAGCACACAAUGAACGACUAGAAUUUCUCGGCGACGCGGUCGUCGAGUUUCUCACCUCCAUCCAUCUCUUCCAUAUGUUUCCGGAAUUGGAGGAGGGCGGUUUGGCUACUUACAGAGCGGCGAUCGUGCAAAAUCAGCAUCUCGCCGUGUUGGCGAAAAAACUGAAUCUGGAGGAAUACAUGCUCUAUGCGCACGGUAGUGAUCUCUGCCAUGACUUGGAGCUGAGGCAUGCAAUGGCGAAUUGCUUCGAAGCGUUGAUGGGCUCGCUGUUUCUUGAUGGAGGGAUAGAAGUAGCUGAUCGGGUCUUCGGGGAGACACUCUUCAAAGGUGAAGAAGAUCUUGCCAAAGUUUGGGUGAAUUAUCCACGACAUCCCCUUCAGGAACAGGAACCGACGGGAGAUAGACAGUGGAUUCCCAGCUUCGAACUGUUGCAGAAAUUGACCAAGUUCGAGGAAUCAAUUGGAAUAGAAUUCACUCAUAUCCGUCUUCUUGCUAGAGCGUUUACGGAUCGUAGUAUAGGGUAUACUAAUUUAACAUUAGGAUCUAAUCAACGGCUAGAAUUCCUAGGAGACACUGUGUUGCAGCUUAUCGUUUCUGAAUACUUGUAUAAGUUCUUUCCGGAACAUCAUGAAGGACAUUUAUCGUUGUUACGGAGUUCCCUUGUAAAUAAUAAAACGCAAGCAGUUGUCUGUGACGAUCUCGGUAUGACUCAAUAUGCGCUUUACGGGAAUCCGAAAGCCGAAUUAAAGACAAAAGACAGAGCAGAUUUAUUAGAAGCUUUUCUUGGCGCACUUUAUGUCGAUAAGGGUUUAAAGUAUUGUCACGUGUUUUGUGAUGUAUGCUUCUUCCCACGUUUGCAAGAUUUUAUCAUGAAUCAGGACUGGAAUGAUCCAAAGAGCAAACUACAACAGUGUUGCUUAACUUUAAGAACUAUGGACGGUGGUGAACCAGAUAUUCCCGUGUACAAAGUCAUCGAGUGUAAAGGGCCAACUAAUACAAGAGUUUAUACAGUCGCUGUAUAUUUUCAAGGAAAACGACUGGCUACGGCUUCAGGACAUAGUAUCCAAGAAGCGGAAAUGAACUCUGCCAAAGAAGCUUUAGAAAAAUCACAAGAUUUAUUCCCACAACUCGAUCACCAAAAACGUGUAAUAGCAAAAAGUAUGAAAAUGCAGCAGUGGCCGAAUAAACAGAAAGUAAAAGGAAAGUCUGAGAAAAGGCUCUAUGACAGAUCCGAUGAUUCUGACUGUAGCCAAAGUCGGAGAAGAAGUCGUAGUAGAGAACGUAAUAUCUCGAAAAAAAGAGAGACUUAAUAGUUUUACUAUUUUAUUGUCAAUGUAAUAAAUAUAUACAGAUUUUUAUUU